GACGCGAUCGUGAUACGAGCUGAUAGCGUGAAGAAGAAGAGAAAGAAGAAGAUGAAUAAGCACAAGCUGAAGAAGCUGAGGAAGCGGCUGAGGAGGAAGACGAAGACGUGAUUCCGAUUAUUUCGCGGUUUUGGUUGUUCUAGUCUGAACCAUAGUUACAUUCAAUCAUAGCCAGGAGUUUAAUCCGAGGACUUUUCCCUCGGAUCAACAUCACUGCAACCGGAAAUUUCAUGAAUUUUUCGGUGGCUUGACUUCUCAUCUGAUGUGUGUGUGUGUGUGGCCAUGGCUUUGACAUAUGGAAACUAGAAAUGUUUUCACAUGGUUUGUAUUACUUUGUUUGGCAUUUGUUGAACUUUCAUUUCAUACACACUCAACCUACCUCUAUCCCAGCUAUGAAAAAAAGAGAGGCUCCCAAUUUUAAUUUGUGUCACAAAAUAACCAUUUAUAUAUUAUUAUACUCCCUCUGUCCACUAUUGAUUGGUGUAAUUCGAAUGACAAUGACUAUGGAAACCAAUUGAAAGAAGAAUCACGUGUGUGAGUUGGCCAAGCGUUAGAGAGGUUAAUGUCAGUGCAAUGGUUCGGUAGUGUGUCUACGUCGUCCACAGGAAAGCUUUAGCUAUUCUUUAUUGAUGUAAUCUCCAAGAACGAAUCAAUAUCACACAUACAAAUUCAAGUACUUGAAUCAAUGUCUAUACAAGAAUGAAUCUACAAAAACUCGGUUGGAAGAUCAACUAACCCGACACUAAAACGAUCAUUGGCCCCUAGCCCUCUUCGAUCCAAUUAAUCAUUUUAUUAUAAAACUAACAUAUAGUAGGAUUUAUAUUUACUAACUUUUCAUAUCCACUUUUUUACACCAUUUCUUAAAAACGAGCUGAGCCCAAUCAUGGCCGGGUGUAGUAGUGUAUAUACUACUUAUAUCACCUUCUUAAAAUCAUGCAAAAAAAACUACCAAUAGUUUAUUUAGAGAUAAAUCACAAACACACAACUAACUUUAACUAAAUCCAAAUUUAGGCACCUUCAAAUACAAAGAUGACCUUCAAAAUAGGCCUACAACCUCACCUCAACCAUUCACAUAUAUGGUAAAAAUGUAACUAUAAAUCUCCAUCAAAUCUUCUCCAAACUCCCACCCCUUCAAUCAUUUCUGCCGUAUGUUCUCUCUGUAAACUUGCAGAGAGAAAAAUUGUUUCAAAUUCAAAAAAACAUUUAAGAAAAAGUGGUAUAUAUAUACCUUAAUAAAUCUGAUCUAAAUUUCAAUUAAUUCAAACAAAAAAAAUGGCCCGCCAAAUAAUUGUGAUCGCGUUGAUCUCACUCGCCGCCUUCGCCGCUGUCGUCUCGGCCCAAUCUCCGGCCUCCGCGCCAUCUAAAUCCACCGCAGCCCCCAUCGCUGCGCCAAAAUCUGCACCGGUGCCAUUCGCAGCCGCCCCAGCCCCGAAGGCGGCAGCUUCCAACGCCACCGGAGCGGGAAUCGCCGACGACGAGACCGAUCCUCCGAUCCCCUCCGAUGAGCCCACCGAGUCUCCGGCUGACUCUCCGGCCGACUCUCCUGAUGCCUCCGAUGAUGGAUCAUCCACCGACUCGAGUGACCAGACGCUGCCGGCAGCUGGCGGUGCCGCCUCAUUGGAGUUCUCUGCCGCCGUCGGCGCCACCGCGGCCGCCGGAUACUUCCUUAUGUAAUGUGGUUGUUGCGUUGAUUC